UUCCAAGCGAAGAAUUAAUGAAAAAUUUUAGUUGCGCAGAGUUUUCCGUGUGUAAUGCACGUGUGUCGUUCGUCGAAGCAAACGUAAAAUGUAAACAUACAUCGCUGAAUGUGAACACAUAAAAGUUAUAAUGUCGAAAAUAGAUCAAGCGUACGCGUGUAAUAUUGUUUGGUUUUUGUUUGUGAAUUUCGUGUUUGUUGCCUGUGAAACGCUGAUAACAGAACACAGUAAUGUCCACUGCAGCCACGAGCAUCCAACCGAGGAUCAAGUCGUGCGCGGAGUCCACAUAGAGUCAGCACACUUGGUCAAGAAGCGAAGCAUCGAUCAGCCAUUAAGGAUAACCAUAUUUUAUGAUCAUUCCGUGUACAGAUUGGAACCGGAAAAAUUCUACAUGAUAAACAAUACCAUACUCCCGGAUGCGGUCCAGUUCUGGGAACGAGCCCUGAAGGUCAGGAAGACAGGAGGACCUAUCAAAUUGAAUAGGAAAUGUCCGACACGCCAAGUUUUCCUGCGAGGCGGCAGAUCGCACUGUAUAGACGCGUGCAGUCAUGAAACGAUGUGUGGAGAGGUUCGUGUACCAGAGGAGCAUUUGAAUCCUUGCUAUGUCUGUAAUAGUACCGGCCACGACUGCCGGGCACUACCUCGCUACCAGCCCCCUCCGGAUGAUGAACCAGCUACAGAAGUCAGCGAGAACAAUCUCGACGAACGAAUUAUCGAGGAGGAUUCGGAGCCGGUCGGCGUGAAGGAUACCGAUUUCAUGCUCUACGUCAGCGCCGUGGAGACGGAGAGAUGCCGGCGGGGUCUCACGGUGGCGUACGCGUCGCACUGCCAACAGGAGUCGGCUUUGGACAGGCCGGUGGCUGGUCACGCGAAUUUCUGUCCGGCCGAACUGUCGACCAAAUACCGCGACUUACCGUCGGUCCUUUCGACCGUCAAACACGAGAUGCUGCACGCUCUGGGCUUCAGUGUGUCUCUGUUCGCGUUUUACAGAGACGACAACGGCGAGCCCCUGACCGAAAGAAGACCUGACACCGGGAACCCACCAUUGGACGAGGAGCUGCAGAUACACAAGUGGUCUGAUAGAGUGGUCAGGAACGUGACGCGAAAGAAUUGGAUGAUCAGAGGUGGAUAUAUGGAGAGGACCUUCCACAUGAUGGUCACUCCGAGGGUGGUUAAAGAGGUACGCGAACACUUCAACUGCUCAGAGCUGGAGGGGGCAGAGCUGGAGGACCAGGGGGGCGACGGAACCGCCAUGACCCACUGGGAGAAGAGAGUCUUUGAGAACGAGGCCAUGACCGGCACCCACACCCAGAACUCGGUCUUCAGCAGGAUAACCCUCGCGAUGAUGGAGGACACCGGCUGGUACAGGGCAGACUACUCCCACGCGACACCCCUGGACUGGGGGAAGGGGCUGGGCUGUAAAUUCGCCAUGUCCUCGUGCAAGCAGUGGAUGAACCUGCAAAGGUUGAGACGCAGAAAUCCGGCGCCAUUUUGCGAGAGGAUAAAGGGGAAUCCCCUAAGGACCGAGUGCUCCCCGAGGAGGUCGGCAGUCGUCCUUUGCAACCUGGUCCGCCACGACAACCUACUGCCGAGAGCCUACCAGCAUUUCGACAUACUGCCCAACGUUCCACCAGGGCAGGAGGCGUACUAUGGUGGCUCCGUCUCCCUCGCGGACUACUGCCCCUACCUCCAGGAGUUCACUUGGAGACACAAGAGCGUGCUGAUCAGAGGAAGUCGUUGCUCCUACGAGGAGAAUACUCCGAAGAUCGAUCUGAACUUCGCUCUGGAGAACUACGGACAGCACUCAAAGUGCUUCGAGCACAGCGACAAGGUCUGGGAGCAGAAGUCAUGCAGACAGAUCCGCGAAUGGCAACACUGGGGCUCCGGUUGCUACAAAUACAAAUGCGACAGCGGUCGUCUGCAUAUCGUGGUGGGUAAUUACACGUACACGUGCUUCCACGCCGGGCAACUGCUGCACAUAAGGAUCAUAAAGAACGGCUGGCUCCACAGGGGGGGCGUGGUCUGUCCCCCCUGCAGGCAAGUGUGCGGCGCUGAGUUCGCUGCCAGAAGCGAAUACUGUAAGCCGGGUGAGGAGCCUCUACCCCCGAAUUUGUAUCCCAACGAUUUUCUAGCUUGUAGAGCGUCGGUUAUCCGACCCGCCAUCUUGUGGACGGCGGCCAUCUUGUAUUCGCUGUCAUAACCAUUGACAGCUAGAUAGGACUUAAUGAAUUGCAAUGGAAAGCAUGCAAGAUUAAUAUGCGCCAACGAAAUGAUUAAUGUUUUGAUUUCAGUCUUCAAUAAAAGAUUUGGGAAGCAGGGUUGUAAUGUGUAAAAAAAAUAUGUUUUUUUUUGUUGUAAAAUAAAUUCUGUGCUCUUCAUUUUUAAGACCAAACCCGAUAGUGUAAUUUCCAAUGUGUUUUAAUUCGGAUCAACAUGUAUAUAUUAACUUUUAGAAUUAUGCGCACGCGAGAUGAAUACAUUUUUUAAUCGUCACAUUAACCCUUUGAGUGUAGUGUAGGUCACCGGUGCCCUACGCGGCGCACUGAAGUAAUUAUGUCGAUUUACUGUCACUGAGGAAUAUCUAGUAGACUCUGGGAAAGACGAAUCCGAAGAUAAUGACAAUGAAUCGUGUUUCUAAGAGACCUAUAAGACUAAAACAUACAUUGACAAACAAUAGAAGGCAAAGUUACACA